AUGGGUCACAUUGAAAAGCCGCAUUAUGAUUUCCUUCCGGUUCAACCUUUCUUUACAUCUCACGAGAUCGACCGAGACCUCGAUGCGACUUGUCCAUCUAAUCCGUACAGGAACAAGACAAUCGAUAUCCUCAUUACGUUUGUACAGUACAUGAAAGAACAUACAAGCGUGUAUCAAGAACUACACCAAAGAAAACCAUGGCACUAUCACCCGAAGCAUAUAUCUCCCUCACGAUCGGAAUCGCAGGCCUCGUUCUCACAGUACUUGGUAUAAGAGGGCGGUACAGUGGCUUCUCUCUGAAUAUAGGUCUCAAAAGCACAAAUACAAGAAGGGGUAAGUGAUUGAAGUCUCUUCCUUGAACCUAGGGUAUCGUUGAUUCUAUCUGCUGACAUACGUAAGCACGCGUCUCUUUCCUCCCAAUUGGUUAUGGUCCUGGAUGGAAUGUUGUCUUGAUGCCUCCACCGAAGGCAUAUCUUCCAAGAUCGAAAAUGGAAGAUUGA